ACUGGUUUUCUUUUGUGUGUUGCGCUGCAACUCGAGAAAAUCAGUAAUCAAUAAAACGACUGAGUACCUGGUUGUAGCAACAUGGCGAACAUCGAAAAAGCUUUGACUGUUGGUGGCGACAGAACAACAGGCCAGUCAGUGCGAACUCAAAAUGUGCUGGCUGCAAGCUCGAUCGCGAACAUCGUCAAGAGUAGUCUCGGUCCUGUCGGACUCGACAAGAUGCUGGUGGAUGACAUUGGGGACGUGACAAUCACAAACGACGGCGCCACUAUUCUGAAGCUGCUGGAGGUGGACCACCCGGCGGCCAAGGUUCUCGUGGAGCUGGCUGAGUUACAGGACCAGGAGGUUGGAGAUGGCACAACCAGUGUGGUGAUAAUCGCAGCUGAGUUACUGAAGAACGCUGACGAGCUAGUGAAGUGUAAAAUCCACCCCACGUCCAUCAUCAGCGGCUAUCGGCUUGCCUGCAAAGAGGCCGUGAAGUACAUCCAGGACAAUCUGACCAUCAGUUCGGACGAACUGGGCCGGGACGCCAUCAUCAACGCUGCUAAAACCAGCAUGUCCAGCAAGCUGAUCGGACCUGAUUCGGACUUCUUCGCCAACAUGUGUGUGGACGCGGCUAAUGCGAUCAAGACGGCCGACGGCAAGGGAGGAUUCCGCUAUCCCAUCAAGGCCGUCAAUGUCCUGAAGGCUCAUGGGAAGAGUUCGAGAGAGAGCACGCUAGUACAGGGUUACGCUCUUAACUGCACAAUAGCUUCUCAAGCUAUGUUUAAGAGGGUAUCGCCGGCUAAGAUCGCGUGUCUUGACUUCACCCUGCAGAAGUCGAAGAUGAAGCUGGGAGUGGAGUUACUGGUGGACGACCCCUAUCAGCUGGACGCAAUGAGGCAACGAGAGUUUGACAUCACUAAAGAGCGUAUACAGAAGAUAGUGUCGGCAGGAGCGAACGUCAUUUUGACGACUGGCGGUAUCGACGAUCUCUGUCUCAAGUAUUUCGUGGAGGCCGGCGUCAUGGGCGUCAGGCGGUGUAAGAAAGCUGACCUCAAGAGAAUCGCCAAGGCAACAGGAGCAACGUUCAUGGUGUCACUGGCGAACCUGGAUGGUGAAGAAUCAUUCGAAGCGUCUCAACUCGGUCACGCGGAGGAAGUCACUGUGGACAGAAUAUGUGAUGACGAACUCAUUCUUAUUAAAGGCACAAAGUCGAGGUCGGCUGCGUCAAUCAUCCUGCGAGGUGCUAAUGACUUCAUGGUUGACGAGAUGGAGCGGUCAAUUCACGACGCACUGUGUGUUGUCAAACGAGUCCUCGAGUCGAAGUCUGUGGUCGCGGGGGGCGGUGCUGUCGAGGCUGCUCUCUCCAUCUACCUGGAGAACUUCGCCACAUCGCUGGCAUCUCGUGAACAGCUAGCCAUAGCCGAGUUUGCCAAGUCUCUGCUGGUCAUUCCUAAACAACUAGCCGUGAAUGCGGCGCAGGACUCCACCGACCUCGUUGCUAAGUUACGGGCAUACCACAACACGUCACAGACAAAACCUGACCAGGCCAAGCUUCGGUGGGUGGGUCUUGAUCUGUACGAAGGCACCGUCCGCGACAACAAGAAGUGUGGAGUCCUCGAACCGGCCAUCUCCAAGAUCAAAUCUCUCAAGUUCGCCACAGAGGCGGCCAUCACCAUCCUCCGGAUUGACGACAUGAUCAAACUGGCGCCCGAGGAGAAGGCCAAGUCGUACGGAGAGGCCAUGCGUGACGGAGAGCUCUGUGAUUGAUGACAGUAGACUAGAACAAUUGCACACCUGGGUAUAGUGGACACCUUACUCAGGCAAUACUGUCCCUUUUAUCAAGGGGUCAUGUCAGAUACCUUUCAUUGGCAAUACCCUGUCCCUUUUAUCAAGGGGUUAGGUCACCUUUUAUCAAGGGGUUAUGUCAGCUGUGAUAUUUAUUUGUGUCAAGUUGCCAAAUACAUGAUUAACAUUACUGACAUCAAUAUUUGGCCACAAUCUUAUCAUCCACCAACAGAUUAAUAACUUUGUGUAUUAAUAUAUUUCACUUUACUCCCUAAUGAGAGGCAAUUCAGCAAUUCAGAAACCAUGAAUAGCAACAGUGAUUUAUUUAUACAAAUUAAUUCCAAUUUAGUAUAAACCAUCAGUAUCUAUAAUUGUCAAAUAAUAUUGUCAAUACAAGAGUAUUGAGCAAUAUGUUUGGUCAUGUGUGGGCCACUUAAUGGUAUUGUCACACUAGAUAGUAUUGUCUGUAAAGGUGUCCGCUAUGUAAGGGUGGUUUUCAUCAUGAUGUGGCACGUUCGUUUGUGUCCACAAUUAAAAGGAGUUUGUCUAAGGAGGUUUGGUACGCCAGUGUUUAAGAACAGUUUUCUUUCAUGGCCCAUCCAACAUUUUGUCACGUUUUUCUCUGAAUUCCAAAUCUUUUUUAUUACUUAAAAAUGCUGCUUUAAUUACUAGGCUUGUGUGAAUAGUUUAUAACAAAGAAAACAAAACAAAAAACAGUUAAAAUUCUCCAGUGAAAUGUGAAGGAAAGGAAGUAUUUGUGUUUUGAUAAAUGAUGGGGUGGGUUUUUUUUUCUCCUUAAGAAAUAUACUAAUUCCAAAUUUAAUAGAUUUGUAUUUUGGUGAAAAAUUCUCCAGUUUAGAUUGUAAAUAUGUGAUGGUAAUAAACAUUUCACACGAUCAGUCUGAGUAAGUGAUAAACUGGUUAAGAUGCACCAUGUUAACUUUCCUUCAUCUCAUCGCAGUACUUAACGAUUCAGCAUUUCUGUAUUUUGUGUUGCUAUGUGUCUGCAAUAAAUUAAUAUCUUUGUA